AUGACUCAAUCACUGCUUAUAUUUCCACAUAAUGUACUUGAAUUUCGAGAUGCUGCCUUUUUUGAUUUGGUUGGUCAGUUUUGUGGUGAAGAUAUUGUAGAAUAUUUACAACUACUUCGUGUUCGUUCAGUUCGUUCACUCCUUGAUAUUAAUGAUAUUUUCUUACCAUUACAGCAAGAUUAUGUUGAAUUAGCUAUUGUCAAGAAGAAAUUAGCAUUUUGUCGUUCUGAUGGUAGUUGUACAAUCAAGAUUGGAAUCCGGCACGAAGUUGAUAAAUUAUUGAACAGCCUUCGAAAUGCAUCAAUUAAUAAUGGACAAAUGACAACUGCUGUUACUGAUGAAAACGACUUAAUAAUACCAUUCGAGAUUUUACAACAAUAUCCGUUUCUCAAAGGUUUAAUCAACUUCUUCAUCACAUCUUCUCAAAAUUCUCAUCCAACUGAUAAACCUUUUCUACAUUACUUCCUUGAAAACCUUCUUUCAAAUUUAACUGUUGCCGAAAGUCGAUAUCGUUAUAAUGAACAAGUACUUGAUUUCGCUGUCUGCUUAUCUAUUUUAGCAGGCCGCAACGCAUAUGAAUUUUUACGUAUUAAUAUACCUGGUACAUUACCCAGCUUAAUCACAAUUCGAGCAAAAUUAUCCACAGCAGGAUUUCGUGCAUUAGAAGGCGAAUUCCGCUACGAUGAUAUGAAUAAAUAUAUGAAUGAAAUUAAUUCAAAAUUUGCAUUUUGUAGUGAAGAUUGUACCAGUACUUUACGUAAGAUCGUAUAUGAUGUUCGAUCAAAUUCAUUUAUUGGAUUUACACCACCACUCGACGAAAAUGGUAUGCCUCAUAUUAAAUAUUUUCGAACAAACUCAAUUGAAGAUUUACAAAGUUGGUUUGAAGAAAAAGAAAUGUCUCAUUUACUUAAUUUACAUAUGAUCCAACCAAUAUGUAUUAAUAAUCAAAUUAGUCCUUCUUUUGCAUUAGCUGCAUAUGGAACAAAUGGAAAAUACACUGCCCUUGAUAUUAUUCGUCGUUGGUAUACAAUUUUUGAAGAAAGUUCAUCACGAGGUAUACGGAUCGUAGGAUACUCAACGGAUACUGAUCCAAAGUAUUUAUUAGCCAUGAUGCUGGUUUCUGGUUUUUUUGGUGUCUUGAUCAAUAACCAAAAGUCAAAACACUCUUCAUUACUAAAGGUUGCUAUAACAACUUCUUGGUCGUGGUUUUAUUUACCAGGUGAACAGUUAUUCUUAUUCAUGCAAGAUGCAACUCACGUUUGCACCAAACUUCGUAAUCGACUUUUACAAUCUUCAGCUAUUAUGAUGAUGGGUGAAAAUGUAAUUAGUAUUGAUUAUUUAUUGCAACUUAUUGAAUCACAAUCGAAAUUCAAGCACAAUUUGGUCAAGUCGGACAUCUGUCCUCGUGACAAACAAAAUUAUAGAUCGUGCGAAAAGUUAUGUGCUGCAUUAGAAUAUUUAAAAGAAAUUAGUGGUUCGGAUGCUACAGUCGUAUAUAUCAAUAUUAUUCGUUGUGUAAUUAUAGCAUUCAUUGAUACAUCAACAACAACUUCUGACCGGAUAUAUCACGCCUGGUUAGCCGUUUUCCUAUGUCGAUUGUGGCGUACAUGGCUUGAUUUGAUACCCAAACGACAAUUAGAUAAACGUAUUUCAGAAAUGAAUAAUAUUUCCGAAAUUGCCAAAGAUAAAUUCAAACAAAAAAAAACAAAACGAAAUUUCUUCAUUACAUCACCGAGUUUUUUAUGUCUUGAAAUUAAUGCACACAAUUUUACUUAUCUUACAUUAUUGGUUGUCAAAAAUCAAUUACCAAUUGAAACAUUAAAUGUAUUCCUCUUCAAUUCUCAAACUUGUGAGAGAUUUUUUCAACUAACAAGAUCCAUAACUGGAACGUUUUCUACUUGUGUAAAUUUUUCUAUUCAACAAUUUCUUAAUCGACAAGAGAAGAUUUCAUUCUUAAAUCAUAUCAAAGCUCAAACAAAUUCAUCAUUAACAACUACUACAUUUAAAUUUUCUAGUCAUCACAAGACACAACGAAAUUCAAAACAAUCAACAAUUCAACCAGAAAAAAUUACCAAGCAACAAAUUGAAGAACAAGUGGGUCGUGCGUUCAGCGAUGCUUUUAAUCUUUUAGUUCCAUUGGGCAUCAAACAAGUAUUUACACAAUCAAUCGAUGUUACUAUGAAACAAGUUAGUGAACAUAUAUACAAUCAUUUAAAAAAGUCUUCAACAAAAGCAGAUUUUCUAAUUCCAACAUCAAUUGAUGAACAAAAUGCUCAAUCGGACUCAGAUUCUGAAGGAAGUAUUACGGAGGAAGAUGAACAGAACGAUCAAAACGAAAUGGAUAUAUAUGAUGAUGAGGAGGAUUACGAUGGUAUCGAUGAAGACAACGACGAUAUCUUAACAUCACAAACAACAAAUAAUCGUUUACCGACUAUGAAAAGAGUUCGUAAUACCAUUAAUCCAGAUCUGAAAGACUCCUAUUUCUUAGUUCGUAUUGAUGGAAAACAAAAGUAUUUACAUAAAAGUACAGCCAUUUGGUAUCUCACAGAUAAAAAAUACACAUUAUCGUCUGAUCGAUUAACUCGUGUAAUGGCAAAAUAA